AUGGAAGGUGAGCACCCCAAACUGACACUCAGCAGUGGCCCAUCACCGAGCCCACCAGCUGACGAGCCACGGCGUUGACACUGCCCAUGUUGUAGUCGCCUUCGGCAUCACGGGCAAGGACUAUGUGCUCUUCGCGUCGGAUACGUCAGCGAACCGCUCGAUCGUGCGCAUGAAGGCCGACGAGGACAAGCAAAAAGUCAUUGGCAAGCAUCUCGUCGUGGCAUGUAAGUGGCUGCCAUCACACCCAUGCUUCCUUCUGCUGCUGAGCGUGUGUGGGACGGGAGAGCUGACGACGACGACGAUUCACCUGAUGGGGAUGACGACGCGUGCCAACUUGCGAAUGACGGUACACCUCCUGCAGACAUGGGCGAGCCGGGAGACACAGUACAAUUCGCAGAAUACGUCGAACGCAACCUGAGGCUGUACCAGAUUCGGUACGUUGCCCCAGUCUGCUGACCUGCCAGCUAGCAACGGGAGCGCUGACGACACCCACCCCUUCCGCACCUGUCGUCUGGCUCCUCCCCCUGCCAUCUUCGUCUCGUACUUGCGCGUACAGAAAUCACAUCCCAUUACGACCCGCAUCCGCCGCAUCAUGGACGCGCAACCAACUCGCCGCCUCGAUUCGCUCGCGCAAGCCGUACGCGGUCCAACUGCUACUCGGUGGCUUUGACCCAACGACCAGCUCGCCCGAACUGUUCUGGAUCGACCUGUACGGCACGCUCGGAACGGUCCCCUACGCCGCCCACGGGUACGGCGCCUACUUUUCGCUGUCGACGAUGGAUCGGUGGCAUUCGCCCGAUAUGGACUUGGCACAAGGCUUGGACCUGUUGAGGAAAUGCGUCGACGAAUUGGAGAAGAGGUUCAUCGUCAAUCUCGGCACGUUUACCGUUCGAGGUCAGUACUUUCGUUGCAGCGAGGUGGGGUGACUGCACGAGAGGCUCAGCUGGCUGAACGCAGUUUGAUAUUCUUCUGUUGCUCCAACAGUGGCCGACAAGGAUGGGGUACGUCAGGUUGAUCUCAAGACAGGAGAAACGAUCGAGAAGAUCUAG